UGUUCAACAUAUUUGACUAAUCCUAAUUUGAAAAAACACAAGUAGAGUUACGUAUGCAAGGUUUGCUGGUGGUCGAUGAUAUUAUAUAUAUAUUAUUUCAUCAAAACCUUAGUUUUGGUUUUAAAAAAAAAGGGACAGGAGGAUGAAGGGAGUGAGGGAGGAGAGGAUAAAGAGCAACGGGAUAUGGAUGAAGGUGGCGGAGAAAGGGGAUGGGCCGAUGGUGAUUCUUCUCCACGGCUUCCCUGAGACCAGUUUCUCUUGGCGCCAUCAGAUUGAGUUCUUGUCGGAAAGUGGCUUCCACGUGGUCGCACCUGACCUCCGUGGCUACUCCGACUCCGACUCCCCUCCCCGCCCUGACUCAUACUCCAUCCUUCACCUCGCCGGCGUCAUCGGCUUGCUUGAUCACUACAAUGCUCCACAGGCGUUCGUUGUCGGGCAUGACUGGGGAGCCCAAAUCGGUUGGCAUCUUUCCUUGUUCAGACCAGACCGAGUCAAAGGUUUCAUCAGUCUCUCUGUUCCAUAUUUCCCCAGAAACCCUCUCCUCAAACCCAUCCAGUUUUUCAACGCUAAUUUCGGAGAUGGGUUUUACAUCUCCCAGUUUCAGGAACCCGGAAGAGCAAGGCGGCUAGAGGCGGCUUUUGCGAGGUACGAUUGCUUGACAGUGAUGAAGAAGUUCUUGCUGAUAACGAGCACAAAUAACUUGGUGGCUCCUCCUGGUAUGGAGAUCAUCGAUCAUCUCCAGACACCACCCACCAUUCCCGAAUGGAUUGCCGAAGAAGAGCUUCAGGUUUACGCCGAAAAGUUCCAAAAAUCUGGAUUCACCGGCCCUCUCAGCUACUACAGAGCCAUGGAUCUGAACUGGGAGCUCACAAGGCCAUGGCAAGACUCCAAAAUCACGGUUCCAACAAAGUUCAUCAUUGGAAACAAAGAUAUCGGCUAUGAAGGAGCCAACGGAACAAAUGCUUACGUGAAUGGAGACGUGUUCAAGAGGUUCGUACCUGAUCUCGAUAUCAUUGUUCUUGAUGGGCAUCAUUUUAUUCAGCAGGAGAAGCCUAAAGAAGUCUCAGAUGAGAUCCUUUCCUUCCUGACCAGGUUAUUAAGCACAUAGUAGAAAUGUGCGAUC